AUUCGAAGGGCGAGGGGUAUCGACCGUUGUGCGUCUCGCUCAGACGGUGAACGCGCGCCGGCAAUGCCACACGCGCCGCGCAAAACAUGUCAACGCCGCUACCGAAAUGUGCUGGCGUCAGGUCUCGAAAUUACAAAAGACUGUGCUCAUAGUGCUUUUCUAUUUUACCGUGUACGUUCUAGUGUCGUAUUCCAUGUCCCCGGAUACUAAUUUCGCGUUUGUGAGCGACGAUUUGCGUGUCGGGGAUAAAUAUGCGUUGAUUUAUCUCGUUGCGCCUCGAAGUCCUGUUUUUGCUGACGCGGAGGGAGCGAAUGUUUUCAAAAGUCGUCGCUGCGGACAUUGUUUUAUUACUAACAACAGGGGGUUCUUGCCGAUGAGCGAGUAUGAUGCUAUACUUGUGGUUGGGGACCGCAGCUUGCUGUACGAAACUUCGGCUUUCAUGGAUCCUGGGAAGAGAUUUUUGAUAGAAACGAGUCGAAAAUGCGUUAAAGACAAGCUGAGAGGAUGCAACUGGGAACCUAGGAUCACCUCAUUCGGAGACAACAAGCCAUACGACCUGUGCAGUCUCUGCGACCAUCUACAUAGAAAGCGCCUUAAACCAAACAGUUAGAAUCUCUUCAUGUGAUAAUAGGUAAACUAAUUAAUUUUAGGCUCAAACAGAUGCCUUGCUAGGGUAGUCAGGCUGCCGCCUGCCAAAAUAUUCAAGUUUUCUAAAAUAUACCUAGUUAUAUCUCAGACAAUGGUGCUUAGUUCUCAAAAUUGUACUGAAUCUGGGCAGAAAUCUCGGUUUUCUUAGACCUGUUAAGCAAAAUGUGACCCCCUUUAAUAUGCGGCGAAAACAUGUUAAACAUGUUCCUAAAAUGAACCAUUGUUAAACCUGUGUUUAUGAACGGCACAACAGUUUUUUUUUUCAAAAAUUUUCUGGGGUUUUGCCAAAUACUAAGUAUUAUUUUUGUCUGAAUACUUUGAAUAGCGAUUUUAAAUGAAUCUGGCAUUUGAUUAACCCAGAUUUAUAGGUUAAGUUGAAAUGUUCUCAAGCAUAGAAUCAAUACAAUUUGUAAGGUAAAUGUAUCUGUAAUAAUUAAUACCGAACUGUAUCAAUUGAACAAUUCUUCUUCCUUGUCGUAACCUCAUGGCUGAGGGACGUGAAGAGUGUGGACACUUCACCAGUGCUCUCCAGGCCGCUCUGUCUUAACACUUAUGAAUGCUAAAUUUAUUCAAUACCGAUCGUUAAUUGUGCCAAUCAAGUCUCAACAGUUAUCGACAAUUGACCUAUGAAUGUUCCAUUAAAUAGAAUAAAUUAAUUUUAAUAGUAAUCAUAACGGCCCGUCGUACUUAGUAAUACCUACCUUUUUAUGACUAUGUUUUAUGCAAUACCAAUUGAGUUUAUUUUGCCAAAUCAAAGACAUCAGUACCUACCUAACAACUACAUAUGUAUUGUAUGUAUAUUGAUUUCAAAUAAUGAAAAUAUUUUAGGGUCGGCAACGCGCAUGUAAUAUCUCUGGUGUUGCAGGUGUCCAUAGGCUACGGUGACUGCUUACCAUCAGGCUGGCCGUAUGCUUGUUAGCCACCGUUGUGGUAUUAAAAAAAAAGUAUUUUUAUGUUUCAUUAUAACGAUUCCAUUGCAAUUAAUUUAAAUACAUCAAACGUAGGUAUCUUCUUAGAUUUUUAUUCACAUUGUUGGCCAAGAAUACAAAUACUGACUGGUUUAAUAUAACAAUCCAAAGAAUUUUAUGUUUGUGUUGUUUCUCUGAAAGUUUUUUAACAGGUAGAUUUCAUUAAUGCAUUGUUAGAACAAACAAAAUGGACAAUUAAUGUUAUUCCAAGAAUAGAACGAAUUGUAAUAAAAAAUAUACCAAACAAUUUCUGAAAGUAACUAGUUGGAAAUCAACCACAAUUCUUAGUACAGAAAUAGUACAAUGGGUAUUUUAAGUACAUAAUACAAUAGGUAAAGUGUGAAUGUCAAUAGGGUCGAUAGUUAAGAAUUCUU